CACCAGGGCAACUGUGAUAAACAAUAAUGUUGAUUUGCUUGGUUAGCAACCAAAUCAGUAUUAUACAAAGUAGUGUCACAGCUUUAAAAACACCUGAAAUUGUUAGUUAGCUUCCUCUUUACAUGACUGAAAAGUGGACUUAAAAUGACAAUUGGAUAUAAAACAUGCAAGAAUACUGGUCCAGUCCCUUGUGUACGAUGGGCCUGCAAGUCUGAUCUGCCAGGUUAUGACUACAAAACUUCCACUGGAGUUGGUCUGCAGCAUAAACCUUCAAUUGGUGUCCAUGUUCAGAACAAACCUGCUGUCAUCCCAGAUCAUCUAAAAACUAAGGAUCUGACAGUGGUGAAGGAUGGCUACAGGACUGUGCUGACUGAUGAUCUGAACUGGAAACUGGUAGAUGCUGACCCCACAGAUAAGGCUAACAAGGUUCCUUGUACAUCCCUGUACAUCAAACGUUACGGAGAAAAGGUAAAAGCUAACCCACCCAACCCUGCGAGACAGCUGGAGUCGGAGUACAGGGAUAAGUACCAGAGACAGCAAGUGUUUCCGGACGACACAUGCACAGUUGACCUUAGGCACCAGUAUUUGUGUAGAGUGAAGCCAGACUGUAGUCAAGCUCCACCUGCAGAAGGAUUUGAAUAUGACGGCUACACCAGACUCCUGGACCCAUACAACACUACUUAUGGGCUUACACACCACUACAUUCACAAGAGGAAUGCUGAUUUCUUCAGAAGUGAACCGAUUGACGUCACUCCAAUUCUGCCUCCUCGGAUCAAACCUGUUUAUGACAAGCUGGUGUUUAGCAAUCCUUGUUUCAACAAAACAGUUCAUCGGCCAUUUCGAUUUGUGCCUCACUCAGGUUUGGUGUCAGAAACAAAGUCCAGUUUUGGUCUGCCUCUGGGUGAUCUGGUGGUGUUCGACCGGGAUGUGGCAUAUGACGAGGCUUCACAUUCAGCAUCUAGAGGACAAAUCUUGGCAACUCCUGCCAUGUACAAGACUGAGUACUCCUCUCAUAUAAGUGAGGGUUGGCCAGUGAAUGCCUGUGUCAAACACAGUGAUCGCGAGAUUGAGUUGAUACAAUGUGAAGACUAAAUUGAUGCAUUACUUAUCCAAAUAUAAAC